ACCCUCGGAACACCACCACCACCACGCUCACCCUCCUCACCUGGUGCUGCUCUCCUUCGGCGACGGCCACUUCCGCGGGACCCGCGACGGCGAGCACCAGAGGCGCAGAGGCGUCGAUCAGGAGGGGGAGGGGGAGGGGGCGGGGGCGGGCGGGGACGGGGACGAGGCGGAGUGGUUCUACGUGGUGUCGCUGACGCGGUCGUUCGGGGUGGGGGACGCGGCGGCGCCGGCGCGGGCGUACGUGGCGUCGGCGCCGCUGUGGCUGACGGGGGCGCACGCGAUGGCGGCGAGCGGGUGCGAGCGCGCGCGCGAGGCCCACCUGCACGGGAUCGAGACCCUGGUGUGCGUCCCCGUCCCCGGCGGCGUCCUCGAGCUGGGCUCCGCCGACCUCAUCCCCGAGAACUGGGUCCUCGUCCAGCAGGCCAACUCCAUCCUCUCCUCCGACGCCCCGCACCACCACCUCGCCGCCGCUGACCCCUCGCUGCGCGCCGCCCCGCUCCUGCCCAAGAAGGAGGGCGCCGCCGCCGCGGGGCUCUCGUCCUCGCUCGACUCCGAGCACUCCGACUCCGACGCCGCGGGGCUGCUGCAGGGCGAGCGGCGCCGCGGGGCCAAGAAGCGCGGGCGGCGCCCCGGGACGGGGCGGGAGACGCCCGUGAACCACGUCGAGGCCGAGCGGCAGCGCCGGGAGAAGCUCAACCACCGCUUCUACGCCCUGCGCUCCGUCGUCCCCAACGUCUCCCGCAUGGACAAGGCCUCCCUCCUCGCCGACGCCGUCGCCUACAUCAAGGAGCUCCGCGCCAAGGUCGACGACCUCGAGGCCGACGCCAAGCGCGCCCGCAACGACCGCAUCGUCCCCCGGCGGCGGAACCGUUUCCAUGGAGUUGGAGGUGAAGGUGGUCGGAUCCGACGCGCUGAUCCGGGCGCAGUCGGAGAACGCCGGCCACCCCACCGCGGUGCUCAUGGCGGCGCUGCGCGACCUGGAGCUGGACGUGCGGCACGCCUGCGUCGCAAACGUCAAGGAGGUGGUGCUGCAGGACGUGAUCGUGACCGUGCCCUACGCGCUCCAGACAGAGGACAGCCUCCGGACGGCGCUACUCAAUAGUCUAGAGAAGAGCUGCUAGCUGAUCCACACCAACCAAAAAAAAAAAAAAAAACAAAAAAACAAAAAAAAAACAAAAAUCGUCAUCUGCUGGGAUUCGUUUCGUCCGAUAAAAGUAAUUUUAGUUUCCUGCUAUUUGUGAUAUCGACUCGACUUAGGUGUACGAGCGUGCCCCGUGUACAGAAUAAGUAAGUAUUUGGGCCUUACACAUAGAAAUUAAGGUUUUAGAUGAUGGCUUAAUUAUUAAAAGAGCUAAAAUGGAGUUUUAAGUAACUAAGAUCAGUAACUUAAUCCAAGGAAGGAGUACUUAGUUUAAUUGCUCGGUUUUUUUUCCUUUCUUUUUUCCUUUGCCGUUUAUUAGUGAUGAAGAUAUAUCAAUGAGGUUACGUUCUUGACUACUCAGUAUUAGCAUGUUUGUAUUCGCUGAUCGAUUCAGCCUGCAUGCUUAAUUAGUUGGUUACAUUUACUACGUACAAGUAUUAGAAAGAAACUGAUAGAAAGGGGACUAAGAAGAAGUUGAAGAAGAAGAAAGAAUGAAAAAGUACAUAUGUGACCGGUAAUUAAUAGCUUGGUUAACUCCGAAGGAGAAGAGCUCGAUCGAGAAUGGUAGCAGUUUUAUUUCUGUAUGGAGGAAAAUAUUUUGAGAAAUAACAGCUUUUGAUCAGUUGCUUAAGCAAA